AUGGCGCUGCUUAGCUUACUGUGGUGGAUUGUGGCGCUCGUAGGUGAGGGGACUGUGGUUUUGACCCUUUCUGACCCUCUACGGGAGGGUCCCAUGGAGCAAUGGCCGGGUGCCGGCUGCACUCAGGAACAUUUGCGGGGCCAUGCUGCUGCCGAUGUCCAGAGACUGCGGCUAAGUGCCAGCCCACCUCAGAAAACGUUCACACAAUUGGGUGGCUUUUUGUUCAGUAAUUUGAACUUUGCUGACCCAAACAGAAGAAAGAAAUCUCUUGUUGGUUCACUCCUUGACCUUGGAUUUAAUGCUCGCGAAAGGGCUGAAGAUCGGUGGAGAAAACAUCGAGAUACUGAUAGUUUAGUGUUAAAAGACACUCCAGCAGAGAAAACCCGUUCAGCAAGUGGUUUUGCCAAUGGUAUCUCUGGUGGUAUUGAAUUUGGUGGCACUGCUUCAAAUCAAAAUGACAUUGGUAGGGGUCCAUCUGGCCAAAGUGGAUUUGAUGUGAAUGCAGUAAGUGGAUUAGCUGACUCUAAUUCUGCUACCAGUGAAACAGCAGAUAACACCAACACAAGACAUAGGGAUGGAUUUAGUAGCAGUGUCUCUGGGAAUUUGGGAUUUGGUUUGGGGACAUCUGAUCAAAAGGGAUUGGACAUUGGUAGAGCUGACUGGAGUGAAAUGAGCAACAGACGAUCUGCUGGGGGUGAAUCAAUAGGUUUUGGAUUUGAUGCCCGUAGCCCAGUUGGAACCGGGUCUUUUGGUUGGGAACUUGGAAAAAGGAAGGGCGAUAAUGCAUUUGGUUUUGGAGCUUCUGGUUCGAGUUCAUUUGGUGGCAGUGGCAUUAAUAGCAAAAUAAAAAUUGAAGGAAAUCAAGUGGGUAGUUCUGGAGGACCCAUUUCCAAUGAUCUAGGUGGCAUCAGUGCAAGAAUUAGAGAUAGUCUUUUUGAUGGCAUAUCAGAAAAUUUGAGAUAUGGUUUUGAGAAGUUUGGUCAAAAGGGAUUUGGAAGCAGAGGAUCUGACUGGAGUAAGAGCAGCAGGGAAUCUGAUGUCAGUGGCUCAGUGGAAAAGUCCUCAUCCUCUGAUUUGAAACAUGGAGAAAGGAAACGUGAAGCUAAAUUUGAUUUUGGAGAUUCUGGUUCAAAUCGAUUUGAUGACAUUGGCCUUAGUGAAAAUGUAAUAAAAGAAGUACCAGUGCAAGAAGUGGUGGUGAGAAUGCUGGUGAAAAGUUUGAAUAUCCAGGAUUUGAUUCUCAUGACCAUCAUUUUGUAUUCAGCAGGUGACUCAAAUGCAAGAAAUGGGGAUGAAUAUUCUAGUGGUAUCUCUGAAGACUCAGGAUUCAAUUUGGGGUCAUCUGAUCAGCAGGGAUUUGGAAUCAGUGGAAUUGGUAGGAAUGGAGAGAGUGGCAGUGGAAUCGUGGGGGCUGGAUACUUGAGUCCUGGAUCUGAUGUCAGUGGCACAGGAGAAAAUACUCGGUCUUCUGGUUCUGGAAGUGGUGAAGGAAGGAAGGGUGUCACAAGUCCAGCCGACCACAGUACCUCUGCACCACUCACUACACCAGAAAAAGGAUCCCAUAUUCCAGAAGCAACUCCGAAAUACUCAGAAACAAAUACAAUUAUUGGCGAAGCUUCUACUUGGGGCAAAAGAGCAUAUAAAGCUUUCAAUGGCCGCAUCUUUUCCUUUGACUCGUCAUGCGCAUACACCUUCUGCCGUCAUUGCGUGGAAUCCGGAGAAGAUUUCAAUAUUGAGAUCAAAAGAAACAAUAAUAGUGAUAUUGAAAAAAUAAUAGUUAAAAUCGACACUAAUGACGUCUCUAUUUUUGGUGAUAUCAUCCUAGUUAAUGAAGAAAGUGUACAGAUACCAUAUAACAAUAAAUUGAUACACAUUAAAAAAUAUGGAGACCAUAAUGUCCUGAAUAGCCGCAGAGGAAUCAUGUCUUUAAUGUGGGACAAAAAUAACAAACUCUCACUUACUCUUCACAAGAAAUAUCCAACUUGUGGUCUCUGUGGUAACUUCAACAGCACUCCAGGAGAUGAUAUCAAUGAACACAUUGCCAAUAGUAAAAUUCCUGGUGAUUGUCCCAAAGCUGUUAGUAAAAGCUAUGAUGUUUGUGAAGAUGGCGUGCAGCACUGUGACAAAAUUAUUGGAACUUACUUUGAGAAAUGUAGAAAGGUCACCACUUUAUCCAAUGACUACAGAAUGAUCUGCAUUGAUGAGUACUGCCAAAAUAGAGACAAAAAUUCUACGUGUGACACUUACACAGAAUUGUCCCGCCUCUGUGCCUCAGAUGGUCCCGGUCCCUACGUAUCCUGGCGAGAUGAUUCUGAUGUGGUUUGUGAAAAACCUAGAUGCCCAGAAAAACAUAUCUACAAAGAAUGUGGUCCCUCAAACCCUGCAACUUGUUCUAAUGUGGCUCCUUUUCAAGACAGUGAAUGUGUGAGUGGCUGCACCUGCCCAGAAGGUUACCUAUUGGACGAUAUUGAAGAAAAAGGGAGAUGUGUAUUAAAGGCUAAAUGUCCCUGUGAAUCAAAUGGAAAGAUCUAUCAGUCAGGAGAAGUCCGAGAUGGUCCUUGUGGUUCUCAGUGCACAUGCCAAGAAGCAAAGUGGUCUUGCACUGAAGCAUUAUGUCCUGGAAGAUGUAAGGUGGAAGGAAGUUCAAUCACCACCUUUGAUGGUGUUAAAUAUAACCAUCCUGGAAACUGUCAUUUCUUGGCCAUCCACGAUAAAGAUUGGUCUGUUAGCGUUGAACUUCGUCCCUGUCCAAAUGGUCAGUCAGGAACGUGCUUAAAUAGUGUUACACUCCUCUUGAAUUCGUCUGUUUCAGUUGACAAAUAUAUAUUCAAUAGAGAUGGAACAGUCACAAAUGAUAAGAUUAGAAAUCAAGGUUAUUAUUAUUCAGACCAAAUGCAGAUCUUCAAAGCAUCUUCCUCAUACCUUCAAGUAGAAACAAACUUUCAUGUAAAGAUGCAGAUACAGAUUGUUCCUGUGAUGCAAUUAUAUGUUUCCAUGCCACCCAACCAAUUCACAGACACUGUAGGACUCUGUGGUUCCUACAACAACAGAGCAGAGGAUGAUUUCAUGUCAAGUCAGAAUAUAUUGGAGAAAACGUCUCAGGCAUUUGCUGAUUCUUGGGAAAUGAUGCCCUGUCCUAAAGGAAACCCCACUUCGUGCAUCAGUAUAGAAAAAGAAAGAUAUGCUGAAAAGCACUGUGGAAUUCUUCUUGAUUCAAGUGGACCUUUUGCUUCCUGCCAUCCAAUUGUGAAUCCUAAACUAUAUCAUGAGGAAUGCAAAAAAUACACUUGCACUUGUGACAACAGUGAAGAUUGUUUGUGCACGAUUUUAGGCAACUAUGUAAAAGCGUGUGCUGAGAAAGAAACAUACAUAGUGGAAUGGAGAACUGGACUAUGUGAUCACUCUUGCCCAAGUGGCCUGGUUUUCAAGUACAAUGUAAAAGCCUGCAAUAGUUCUUGUCGAUCAUUGUCAGAGAGAGAUAGGAGCUGUGAUGUAGAAGAUGUUCCAGUUGAUGGAUGCACUUGCCCUGAUGGAAUGUACCAUAAUAAUGAAGAGAACUGUGUUCCAAAAUCUCAGUGUGACUGCUACCUAAAUGACGAGGUCAUACAACCAGGCAAACUCAUCCAUAUUGAUGACAAUAAAUGUGUCUGUCGGGAUGGAAUUCUUCUUUGCCAGACUCCCAUUGAUUUAACCCUACAGAAUUGUUCCGGAGGGACUGAAUUUGUUGACUGCAGGGACCCGAAGGCACAGAGAAGAGUUGACAGUACCUGUAGCACUUGGAACAUACCUAGUUUUGAUGAGAACUUGCCUUGCAAACGUGGGUGCUAUUGUCCAAUUGGCAUGGUUCGAAAUUCUAAAGGAAACUGUGUCUUUCCUGAAAACUGCCCAUGUUCUUUUGGUGGACAGGAGUAUGACCAGGGAAGCGUUACCUCGGUUGGCUGCAACAAAUGUACUUGCAUAAAAGGGUCUUGGAGCUGUACACACAAUGAAUGUCAAACCACCUGCCAUAUCUAUGGGGAAGGUCAUGUUAGAACUUUUGAUGGAAAAAGUUACAGCUUUGAUGGUCUCUGCCAGUAUUCAUUUCUUGAGGAUUAUUGUGGUCGUGAAAAUGGCACAUUCCGUCUCUUAACUGAAAGCGUCCCAUGCUGUGAAAAUGGGCUUACAUGCUCAAGAAAAAUCAUAGUUGCUUUUCAGGAUCAGAAUGUUGUUCUGCAUGAUGGGAAAGUAACAGCAGCCAAAACUACAGAAAGUAAGGAAUGUGAAAUCAGUGGAAAUACAUAUUCUGUACAUACUGUUGGCCUGUACUUGAUUCUGAAAUUUUUAAAUGGAAUAACCAUAAUUUGGGACAAGAAUACAAGAGUUUCUGUUAUACUGGAUCCACACUGGAAUGGCAAAGUAUGUGGUCUUUGUGGAAAUAACAAUGGUGAUCUCAAGGAUGAUUUCACAACACGAUAUUCAUCAGUAGCUGCUGGAGCACUGGAAUUUGGAAAUAGCUGGAAAACCAGUCAAGAAUGUUCAGACACAGUAGCUCAAGCUUUCCCGUGUGACUCAAACCCAUACUGUAAGGCCUGGGCUGUGCGGAAAUGUGAGAUCAUCCGGGACAGCACCUUCAGAGACUGCCACAGCAAGGUGGACCCCAAUGCCUACUAUGAUGCAUGCAUUGAAGAAGCCUGCGCAUGUGACAUGGAGGGGAAGUACCUGGGAUUCUGCACAGCUGUGGCUAUGUACGCAGAGGCAUGCAGUGCGGUUGGAGUCUGUGUCAGGUGGAGAAAACCAGAGCUCUGCCCUGUCUACUGUGAUUAUUACAAUGCCCCUGGGGAAUGCAGUUGGCACUAUGAACCUUGUGGUACAGUGACUACAAAAACUUGCAAAGAUCAAGUUAUUGGCCAGAAAUUUUCUGCACUUUUAGAAGGAUGUUAUGCUAAGUGCCCAGAUAGCGCUCCUUAUCUGGAUGAGAACACCAUGAAAUGCGUCAGUUUAUCUGAGUGCAGCUGCUUCUAUAAUGAUAUCAUACCAGCAGGUGGAGUGAUUCAGGAUAACUGUGGAAGAACAUGCUAUUGCAUCGCAGGAGAGUUGGAGUGCAGUGGAACAACUCUAACUCUUCUGCGUGAACCUUUUACUACAGGUGUUAUUGGAACUCCCGUUCCCGAGACAGUCAGUGCUGGCACUGCAGGCACGACUGUAGUGUACCCCGCCCCCACCAGUCCUGGGCACAUGGCAGGAGGAACAACAGGCAGCCCUACUGCACCAGCAAGAGGAGGUGAAGACAGCACACCCAGGGAACCAAGCACAGGGGUGACAAGCCCAGGGAAACCAGGGACCCCAGAGGUUUCAGAGGGCUUCACAACAGCACCUGGGCGUGAGAACACAAAUGGAGACACAACUGCCCCAGGCUCAACCGUGGGAGGCAGACCAGCCAUGCCUAGGGUAUUGCCUGAAGCCACUUCCAGAACCAGAGGUGACAACACCCCUGGGGAAGCAGGCACUAGAACUCCAAGUCCUGGGAAAGCAGACAAGGCUGGUCCUGACUUUCCAGCUGUGUUCAACCAUACCUUCCUCAGCAGGUUUAACAACAACAACAAAAAUCCCACGAUAUAUCUUAAAAACAAAAUUGUAUUUUUACUAUUUAUUUUUACAGGAACAACUGGACACUAUGUUGAAGGACGAGGAACAACUGGGCCAUCUGAGGGAAGAUCAGGGACAACUAGAAUAUCAUCUGAAGAAUCAGGGACAACUGUAUUGUCAUCUGUAGUGACAGGGAAAACAGGACCAUUACUGGGAGGAUCAGCAACAACAAGAUCAUCAGUUACAGGAUCAGAGACAACUGAACCAUCUGUUGUAGUUUCAAAAACAUCUGUACCAUCAGAAGGAUUGACAGGAGCAACUGAACCAUCACUUGGGUUAACAACACCUGGACCAUCAGCUGAAGGAUCAGGGACAGCUACAUUAUUCGCUGGAGUAUCACAAACAACUGAAAGCUCUGUUCUAAAGUCAGGAAAUACUGGACCAUCCAUAGGAGGAUCACAGACAACUGGACGAUCAGGUGAAGAAGCACAGACAAGUGGACUAGCAGCUGGAGGAUCAGGGACUCCAGGACCAUCCACUGAAGAAUCAGAAAAAACAGAAACACCUGUUCUGGGUUUAGGGACAACUCAAACAUCUGAAGGAUUAGGAACAACUACAUCUGUUUUAGGUUCAGGGACAACUGGAACAUCAUCUGGAGUGACAAGAACAACUAAAUCAUCAUCUCAAGAUUCAGAUACUACAGGACCAACAGCUGAAGUAUUAGGAACAACUAAAUCAGCAUCUGGUAUAUCAAGCACAACUGCACUAUUGUCUGGUGGGUCAGGGACAACUGGACCAUCUGUUGUAGGAUCAGGAACGUCUGUACCAUCAGCAGGAUUGACAGGGACCUCUGGUCUAUCACCUUGGUUUGCAACAACUGGACAAUCAUCUGUAGGAUCGAGGACAACUGAGUCAUUGGCUGGAAGAUCAGAAACCACUGCAACCUCCAUUGUAAGUUCAGGCACUACCAGUCCAUCCACAGGAGGAUCACAGACAACUGGACUGUCAGCCAAAGAAGCAGGGACAACAGAACAAGCAGCUGGAAUAUCAGGGACCACAGGACCAUUCCAUGGACGAUCAGGGACAACAAGACAAUCUGUUUUAAGUUCAGGGAUGACCUUACCAACUUCUAAAGAAAUAAGGACAACUAGACCUUCAUUGGUAAAGUCAGGUACAACUGCAGUAUUGACUCCAGGAUCAGCCACAAGUGGACUGUCAUCUGGAGUAUCUGAGUCCACUGAACCAUCAUCUGAAGCAUUAGGAACAACAAGAUCAUCAGCUGGUAUAUCAGAGACAACUGGACCAUCAACAGUUGGAUCUGGGAUGGCAACAGGACCAUUUUUUGUAGAAUCAGGAACAGCUGUAUCAUCGGUAGGAUUGACUGGGACAUCUGGCCUAUCACAUGGGUUAGGAAUAACUGGGCCAUCAGCUAAAGGAGCAGGGACAACUGGAUCAUUUGCUGGAAAUUCAGGAACAACAGUAACCCCUGUUGUAAUUUCAGGGACUGCUGGUCCCUACACAGUAAAAUCACAGACAACUAGACAAUCUGCUGAAGAAGCUGUGACAACAGGACCAAGAGCUGGAGGUUCAGGGACCACAGGACCAUUCCAUGGAGGAUCAGGAAAAACAGGACAAUCUGUUUUAGGUUCAGGGACAACCAGACCAUCUGUUGUAGGUCCAGGAACAACUAUACCUUCAAGUAGACUAUUUUUUGUAGGUUCAGGGACAACCAGAGCAUCAUCUGGAGUGAAAAGGACAAUGGGACCAUCAUCUGGAGAAUUAGGAACAACUAGAUCAUCAUCUGGUAUGUCAAGGACAAUUGGACCAUCAACUGGAAGGUCAGGGAUAACUGGACAUUCAGGAAAAGAAUCAGGAACAUCAGUAACAUCAGUAGGAUUAACAGGGACAUCUGGAUCAUCAUUUGGGUUAGGAACAACUGUACCAUCAACGAAAGUAUCACAAACAACUACAGCACCUAUUGCAGGAUUAGUAAAAUCUACAUCAUCUACAAGAUUGACAGGGUCAACUGGAUCAUCAGUUGGAGGACCAGAGAUAACUGGAACAGCAGCUAGAGGAUCAAGGACCACAACACUGUCAGCUGGAGCAUCAGGAGAAACUGGAACAUUAGCUGAAGGAUCAGAAACAACAAAAACCUUUGUUAUAACAUUAGGGAUUACUGAAACACCUGUAAGAGGAUCACAGACAAUGGGAUGGUCAACUAAAGAUUCAGGAACAACUGGGCAAGAAGGUAGAGGAUCAGGGACAACAGGGCAAUUCAUUGGAGGAUCAGGAACAUCAGUGUCAUCUGUUUUUGUUUCAAGGACAAUUCACCCAUUAUCUGAAGAAUCAGGGACCACUAGACCAUCUGUUUUAGGUUCAGAGACAACCAGACCAUUACCUGGACACACAGAGACCAUGGGAUCAUCAUCUGGAGAUUCAGACACCACUGGACCAUCAGCUGAGGUAUUGGGGACAACUAGAUCACCAGCUGGUAUAUCAGAAACAACUAGACUAUCAACGGGUAGAUCUGGGAUGACAGAAGGACCAUCUGUUGUAGGGUCAGAAACAUCUGUACCAUCAGUAGGUUGGACAAAGAUAUCUGGCCCAUCACCUGGGUUAGUAACAACUGGGCCAUCAGCUGAAGGAGCAGAAACAACUGGAUCAUUUGCUGGGAAUUCAGGAAGAACGGCAACUGCUAUUGUAAGCUCAGGAACUAGUGGUCCCUACAUAGGAGGAAUCCAUACAACUGUACUAUCACCUGAAGAGGCAAGGACUAUAGGACCAACAUCUGGGGGAUCAGGGACCACAGAACCAUUCCCUGGAGUAUCAGGAACAAUGGAACAAUCUGCUUUAGGUUCAGAGACAACUAGACCAUCAGUUGUAAGUUCAGGAACAAGUGGAAUAUCAUCUGGAAUGAUGGGUAUACCUGGACAAUCUACUAGAGUGACAGGGAAAAUUGGACCACCAGCUGGAGAAAUAGGAACAACUGGAUCAUCAGCUGGUAUAUCAAGCACAACUGCCCUAUUUUCUGGUGGGUCAGGGACAACUGGACGAUCUGUUGUAGGACCAGGAACAUCUGUCCCAUCAUCAGGAUUGACAGGGACCUCUGGUCCAUCACGUGGGUUUGCAACAACUGGGCAAUCACUUGUAGGAUCUAGGACAACUGAGUCAUUGGCUGGAAGAUCAGAAACCACUGCAACCUCCAUUGUAAGUUCAGGCACUACCAGUCCAUCCACAGGAGGAUCACAGACAACUGGACUGUCAGCCAAAGAAGCAGGGACAAGAGAACAAGCAGCUGGAAUAUCUGGGACCACAGGACCAUUCCAAGGACGAUCAGGAACAACAGGACAAUCUGUUUUAAGUUCAUGGACGACUGGGCCAUCAUCUGAAGAAUUAAGGACAACUAGACCUUCAUUGGUAAAGUCCAGCACCACUGGAAUAUCAGCUACAGGAUCAGCCACAACUGGACAGUCAUUUGAAGUAUCUGAGUCUGCUGAGCCAUCAUCUGAAGUAUUCAGAACAACUAGAUCAUCAACUCGUACAUCAAGCACACCUGCCCUAUUUUCUGGUGGGUCAGGGACAACUGGAUCAUCUGUUGUAGGACCAGGAACAUCUGUCUCAUCAGCAGGAUUGACAGGCACCUCUGGUCCAUCACCUGGGUUUGCAACAACUGGACAGUCAUCUGUAGGAUCGAGGACAACUGAGUCAUUGGCUGGAAGAUCAGAAACCACUGCAACCUCCAUUGUAAGUUCAGGCACUACCAGUCCAUCCACAGGAGGAUCACAGACAACUGGAUUGUCAGCCAAAGAAACAGGAACAACAGAACAAGCAGCUGGAAGAUCAGGGACCACAGGACCAUUCCAUGGACGAUCAGGAACAACAAGAAAACCUGUUUUACAUUCAGGGUCGACCUUAUCAACUUCUAAAGAAAUAAGGACAAUGAGACCUUUGUUGGUAAAGUCAGGCACAACUGGAGUAUUGGCCACAGGAUCAGCCACAACUGGACAGUCAUCUGGAGUAUCUGAGUUCACUGAGCCAUUAUCUGACGUAUUGAGAACAACUAGAUCAUCAACUCGAAAAUCAAGCACAACUGGAACAUUGCCUGGAGGUUCAGGGACAAUUGGACCAUCUGUUGUAGGAUCAGGAACAUCUGUCCCAUCAGCAGGAUUGACAGAGUCCUCUGGUCCAUCACCUGGGUUCGCAAACACUGGACAGUCAUCUGUAGGAUCGAGGACAACUGAGUCAUUGUCUGGAAGACCAGAAACCAGUGCGACCUCCAUUGUACCUUCAGGCACUACUAGUCCAUCCACAGGAGGAUCACAGACAACUGGACUUUCAGCCAAAGAAGCAGGGACAACAGAACAAGCAGCUGAGGUAGCAGAAACCACAGGACCAUUCCAUGGACGAACUGGAGCAACAAGACAACCUGUUUCAGUUUCAGAGACGAACUUACCAACUUCUAAAGAUUUAAGGACAACGAGACCUUCAUUAGUAAAGUCAGGCAUAACUGGAGUAUUGGCUUCAAGAUCAGCCACAACUGCACUGUCAUCUGGAGUAUCUGAGUCCCCUGAGCCAUCAUCUGAAGUAUUCAGAACAACUAGAUCAUCAACUCGUAUAUCAAGUACAAUUGGACUGUUUUCUGGAGGUUCAGUGACAACUGGACCAUCUGUUAUAGGACCAGGAACAUCUGUCUCAUCAGGAGGAUUGACAGGGACCUCUGGUCCAUCACCUGGGUUUGCAACAACUGGACAGUCAUCUGUAGGAUCGAGGACAACUGAGUCAUUGGCUGGAAGAUCAGAAACCACUGCAACCUCCAUUGUAAGUUCAGGCACUACCAGUCCAUCCACAGGAGGAUCACAGACAACUGGACUGUCGGCCAAAGAAGCAGGGACAACAGAACAAGCAGCUGGAAGAUCAGGGACCACAGGACCAUUCCAUGGACGAUCAGGAACAACAGGACAAUCUGUUUUAAGUUCAUGGACAACUGGGCCAUCAUCUGAAGAAUUAAGGACAACUAGACUUUCAUUGGUAAAGUCCAGCACCACUGGAAUAUCAGCUACAGGAUCAGCCACAACUGGACAGUCAUUUGAAGUAUCUGAGUCCCCUGAGCCAUCAUCUGAAGUAUUCAGAACAACUAGAUCAUCAACUCAAAAUUCAGGCACACCUGCCCUAUUUUCUGGUGGGUCAGGGACAACUGGACCAUCUGUUGUAGGACCAGGAACAUCUGUCCCAUCAUCAGGAUUGACAGGGACCUCUGGUCCAUCACGUGGGUUUGCAACAACUGGGCAAUCACUUGUAGGAUCUAGGACAACUGAGUCAUUGGCUGGAAGAUCAGAAACCACUGCAACCUCCAUUGUAAGUUCAGGCACUACCAGUCCAUCCACAGGAGGAUCACAGACAACUGGACUGUCAGCCAAAGAAGCAGGGACAAGAGAACAAGCAGCUGGAAUAUCUGGGACCACAGGACCAUUCCAAGGACGAUCAGGAACAACAGGACAAUCUGUUUUAAGUUCAUGGACGACUGGGCCAUCAUCUGAAGAAUUAAGGACAACUAGACCUUCAUUGGUAAAGUCCAGCACCACUGGAAUAUCAGCUACAGGAUCAGCCACAACUGGACAGUCAUUUGAAGUAUCUGAGUCUGCUGAGCCAUCAUCUGAAGUAUUCAGAACAACUAGAUCAUCAACUCGUACAUCAAGCACACCUGCCCUAUUUUCUGGUGUGUCAGGGACAACUGGACCAUCUGUUGUAGGACCAGGAACAUCUGUCCCAUCAGCAGGAUUGACAGGGACCUCUGGUCCAUCACCUGGGUUUGCAACAACUGGACAGUCAUCUGUAGGAUCGAGGACAACUAAGUCAUUGGCUGGAAGAUCAGAAACCACUGCAACCUCCAUUGUAAGUUCAGGCACUACCAGUCCAUCCACAGGAGGAUCACAGACAACUGGACUUUCAGCCAAAGAAGCAGGGACAACAGAACAAGCAGCUGGAAGAUCAGGGACCACAGGACCAUUCCAUGGACGAUCAGGAACAACAGGACAAUCUGUUUUAAGUUCAUGGACGACUGGGCCAUCAUCUGAAGAAUUAAGGACAACUAGACCUUCAUUGGUAAAGUCCAGCAAAACUGGAAUAUCAUCUACAGGAACAGCCACAACUGGAUCGUCAUCUGGAGUAUCUGAGUCCACUGAACCAUCAUCUGAAGUAUUCAGAACAACUGGAUCAUCAACUCGAAAAUCAAGCACAACUGGCCUAUUUUCUGGAGGUUCAGGGACAACUGGACCAUCUGUUUUAGGAUCGGAAACAUCUGUCCCAUCAUCAGGAUUGACAGGCACCUCUGGUCCAUCACCUGUGUUCGCAAUAACUGGACAACCGUCUGUAGGAUCAAGGACAACUGAGUCAUUGGCUGGAAUAUCAGAAACCACUGCAACCCCCAUUGUACCUUCAGGCACUACCAGUCCAUCCACAGGAGGAUCACAGACAACUGGACUGUCGGCCAAAGAAGCAGGGACAACAGAACAAGCAGCUGGACGAUCAGGGACCACAGGACCAUUCCAUGGAGGAUCAGGAACAACAGGACAAUCUGUUUUAAGUUCAUGGACUACUGGGCCAUCAUCUGAAGAAAUAAGGACAACCAGACCUUCAUUGGUAAAGUCCAGCACUACUGGAAUAUCAGCUACAGGAUCAGCCACGAUUGGACAGUCACCUGGUGUAACUGAGUCACCUGAGCCAUCAUCUGAAGUAUUCAGAACAACUAGAUCAUCAACUCGUAUAUCAAGUACAGCUGGCCUAUUUUCUGGUGGGUCAGGGACAACUGGACCAUCUGUUGUAGGACCAGGAACAUCUGUGCCAUCAGCAGGAUUGACAGAGUCCUCUGGUCCAUCACCUGGGUUUGCAACAACUGGACAGUCAUCUGUAGGAUCGAGGACAACUGAGUCAUUGUCUGGAAGACCAGAAACCAGUGCAAACUUCAUAGGAAGUUCAGGCAGUACCACUGCAUCCACAGGAGGAUCACAGACAACUGGACUUUCAGCCAAAGAAGCAGGGACAACAGAACAAGCAGCUGAGGUAGCAGGAACUACAGGACCAUUCCAUGGACGAACUGGAGCAACAAGACAACCUGUUUUAGUUUCAGGGACGACCUUACCAAAUUCUAAAGAUAUAAGGACAAUGAGACCUUCAUUGGUAAAGUCAGGCAUAACUGGAGUAUUGACUUCAAGAUCAGCCACAACUGCACUGUCAUCUGGAGUAUCUGAGUCCCCUGAGCCAUCAUCUGAGGUAUUCAGAACAACUAGAUCAUCAACUCGUAUAUCAAGUGCAACUGGCCGAUUUUCUGCAGGUUCAGGAACUUCUGGACCAUCUGUUGUAGGACCAGGAAUAUCCGUACCAUCAGCAGGAUUGACAGGGACCUCUGGUCCAUCACCUGGGUUUGCAACAACUGGACAGUCAUCUGUAGGAUUGAGGACAACUGAGUCAUUGGCUGGAAUAUCAGAAACCACUGCAACCUCCAUUGUAAGUUCAGGCACUACCAGUCCAUCCACAGGAGGAUCACAGACAACUGGACUGUCGGCCAAAGAAGCAGGGACAACAGAACAAGCAGCUGGAAGAUCAGGGACCACAGGACCAUUCCAUGGACGAUCAGGAACAACAGGACAAUCUGUUUUAAGUUCAUGGACGACUGGGCCAUCAUCUGAAGAAUUAAGGACAACUAGACCUUCAUUGGUAAAGUCCAGCACCACUGGAAUAUCAGCUACAGGAUCAGCCACAACUGGACAGUCAUUUGAAGUAUCUGAGUCCCCUGAGCCAUCAUCUGAAGUAUUCAGAACAACUAGAUCGUCAACUCAAAAAUCAGGCACACCUGACCUAUUUUCUGGUGGGUCAGGGACAACUGGACCAUCUGUUGUAGGACCAGGAACAUCUGUCCCAUCAUCAGGAUUGACAGGGACCUCUGGUCCAUCACCUGGGUUUGCAACAACUGGGCAAUCACUUGUAGGAUCUAGGACAACUGAGUCAUUGGCUGGAAGAUCAGAAACCACUGCAACCUCCAUUGUAAGUUCAGGCACUACCAGUCCAUCCACAGGAGGAUCACAGACAACUGGACUGUCGGCCAAAGAAGCAGGGACAACAGAACAAGCAGCUGGAAUAUCUGGGACCACAGGACCAUUCCAUGGACGUUCAGGAACAACAGGACAAUCUGUUUUAAGUUCAUGGACGACUGGGCCAUCAUCUGAAGAAUUAAGGACAACUAGACCUUCAUUGGUAAAGUCCAGCAAAACUGGAAUAUCAUCUACAGGAACAGCCACAACUGGAUCGUCAUCUGGAGUAUCUGAGUCCACUGAGCCAUCAUCUGAAGUAUUCAGAACAACUGGAUCAUCAACUCGAAAAUCAAGCACAACUGGCCUAUUUUCUGGAGGUUCAGGGACAACUGGACCAUCUGUUUUAGGAUCGGAAACAUCUGUCCCAUCAUCAGGAUUGACAGGCACCUCUGGUCCAUCACCUGUGUUCGCAAUAACUGGACAACCGUCUGUAGGAUCAAGGACAACUGAGUCAUUGGCUGGAAUAUCAGAAACCACUGCAACCCCCAUUGUACCUUCAGGCACUACCAGUCCAUCCACAGGAGGAUCACAGACAACUGGACUGUCGGCCAAAGAAGCAGGGACAACAGAACAAGCAGCUGGACGAUCAGGGACCACAGGACCAUUCCAUGGACGAUCAGGAACAACAGGACAAUCUGUUUUAAGUUCAUGGACGACUGGGCCAUCAUCUGAAGAAAUAAGGACAACCAGACCUUUAUUGGUAAAGUCCAGCACUACUGGAAUAUCAGCUACAGGAUCAGCCACAACUGGACAGUCAUCUGGAGUAUCUGAGUCCCCUGAGCCAUCAUCUGAAGUAUUCAGAACAACUAGAUCAUCAACUGGUAUAUCAAGUUCAACUGGACUAUUUUCUGGAGGUUCAGGGACAACUGGACCAUCUGUUGUAGGACCAGGAACAUCUGUGCCAUCAGCAGGAUUGACAGAGUCCUCUGGUCCAUCACCUGGGUUUGCAACAAAUGGACAGUCAUCUGUAGGAUCGAGGACAACUGAGUCAUUGUCUGGAAGACCAGAAACCAGUGCAACCUCCAUAGGAAGUUCAGGCAGUACCACUGCAUCCACAGGAGGAUCACAGACAACUGGACUUUCAGCCAAAGAAGCAGGGACAACAGAACAAGCAGCUGAGGUAGCAGCAACUACAGGACCAUUCCAUGGACGAACUGGAGCAACAAGACAACCUGUUUUAGUUUCAGGGACGAUCUUACCAAAUACUAAAGAUAUAAGGACAACAAGACCUUCAUUGGUAAAGUCAGGCAUAACUGGAGUAUUGACUUCAAGAUCAGCCACAACUGCACUGUCAUCUGGAGUAUCUGAGUCCCCUGAGCCAUCAUCUGAAGUAUUCAGAACAACUGGAUCAUCAACUCGAAAAUCAAGCACAACUGGCCUAUUUUCUGGAGGUUCAGGGACAACUGGACCAUCUGUUUUAGGAUCAGAAACAUCUGUCCCAUCAUCAGGAUUGACAGGCACCUCUGGUCCAUCACCUGUGUUCACAAUAACUGGACAACCGUCUGUAGGAUCAAGGACAACUGAGUCAUUGGCUGGAAUAUCAGAAACCACUGCAACCCCCAUUGUACCUUCAGGCACUACAAGUCCAACCACAGGAGGAUCACAGACAACUCGACUGUCGGCCAAAGUAGCAGGGACAACAGAACAAGCAGCUGGACGAUCAGGGACCACAAGACCAUUCCAUGGACGAUCAGGAACAACAGGACAAUCUGUUUUAAGUUCAUGGAUGACUGGGCCAUCAUCUGAAGAAAUAAGGACAACCAGACCUUCAUUGGUAAAGUCCAGCACCACUGGAAUAUCAGCUACAGGAUCAGCCACAACUGGACAGUCAUCUGGAGUAUCUGAGUCCCCUGAGCCAUCAUCUGAAGUAUUCAGAACAACUAGAUCAUCAACUCAUAUAUCAAGUUCAACUGGACUAUUUUCUGGAGGUUCAGGGACAACUGGACCAUCUGUUGUAGGACCAGGAACAUCCGUACCAUCAGCAGGAUUGACAGGGACCUCUGGUCCGUCACCUGGUUUUGCAACAACUGGACAAUCAUCUUUAGGAUUGAGGACAACUGAGUCAUUGGCUGGAAUAUCAGAAACCACUGCAACCCCCAUUGUACCUUCAGGCACUACUAGUCCAUCUACAGGAGGAUCACAGACAACUGGACUGUCGGCCAAAGAAGCAGGGACAACAGAACAAGCAGCUGGACGAUCAGGGACCACAAGACCAUUCCAUGGACGUUCAGGAACAACAGGACAAUCUGUUUUAAGUUCAUGGAUGACUGGGCCAUCAUCUGAAGAAAUAAGGACAACUAGACCUUCAUUGGUAAAGUCCAGCACCACUGGAAUAUCAGCUACAGGAUCAGCCACGAUUGGACAGUCACCUGGUGUAUCUGAGUCACCUGAGCCAUCAUCUGAAGUAUUCAGAACAACUAGAUCAUCAACUCGUAUAUCAAGUACAGCUGGCCUAUUUUCUGGUGGGUCAGGGAAAACUGGACCAUCUGUUGUAGGAUCGGAAACAUUUGUGCCAUCAGCAGGAUUGACAGGGACCUCUGGUCCAUCACCUGGUUUAGCAACAACUGGACAGUCAUCUGUAGGGUCGAGGAUAACUGUGUCAUUGGCUGGAAGAUCAGAAACCACUGUGACCUCCAUUGUAAGUUCAGGCACUACCAGUCCAUCCACAGGAGCAUCACUGACAACUAGACUGUCAGCCAAAGAAGGAGGGACAACAGAACAAGCAGCUGGAAUAUCAGGGACCACAGGACCAUUCCAUGGACGAUCAGGAACAACAAGACAACCUGUUUUAGGUUCAGGGACAACCUUACCAACUUCUAAAGAAAUAAGGACCACGAGACCUUCAUUGGUAAAGUUCAGCACAACUGGAGUACUGGCUAGAGGAUCAGCCACAACUGCACUGUUCUCUGGAGUAUCUGAGUCCACUGAACUAUCAUCUGAAGUAAUUGGUAAAACUAGAUCAUCAACUCAUAUAUCAAGUACAACUGGUCUAUUUUCUGGAGGUUCAGGGACAACUGGAAUGUCUGUUGUUGGAUCAGGAACAUCUGUACCAUCAACAGGAUUGACAGGGACCUAUGGUCCAUCACAUCCAUUUGCAACAACUGGACAAUCAUCUGUAGUAUCGAGGACAACUGAGUCAUUGGCUGGAAUAUCAGAAACAACUGAAACCUCUGUUUUUAGUGCAGGGAUUACUGGUCUGUCCACAAGAGGAUCUCAUAGAACUGGACCACCUGCUGAGGAGACUGGGAUAACAGGACGAGCUGGUGGAGCUUCAGGGACCACAGGACUGUUCCAUGGAUUAUCAGGAACAACAGUACAUUCUGUUUUAGGUUCAGAAACAACAAGAAAAUCUGUUGUUUUGUCAGGAACAAUUGUACCAUCAUCUGGAGUGACAGGAAUAACUGGACCAUCAACUAUGGAAUUGGGAACAAGUAGAUCAUUAGCCAGUAUAUCGGAGAACACUGGGGCAUUAAUGAGUGGAUCUGGGGUGACAACAGGACCAUCUUUUGUAGGAUCAGGCAUAUCUGUACCAUCAGUAGGAUUGACAGGGACCUCUGGUCCAUCACCUGGAUUAGCAACAACUGGAUCAUCAACUGAAGGAUCAGGGAUAACUGGAGUAUAUUCUGGAAUAUCAGAAACAACUUCCACCUCUGUUGUAAGUUCAGUGACUAUUGGUCCAUUUACAGGAGGAUCACAGACAACUGGACUGUCAGCCAAAGAAGCAGGGACAACAGAACAAGCAGCUGGAGAAUCAGGGACCACAGGACCAUUCCAUGGUCGAUCAGGAACAACAAAACAAUCUAUUUUAGGUUCAGGGAUGACCUUACCAUCUUCUAAAGAAAUAAGGACAACUAGAUCUUCGUUGGUAAAGACAGGCACAACUGGAGUAUCAGCUACUGGAUCAGCCACAACUGGACUGUCAUCUGGAGUAUCUGAUUCCACUGGACCAUCAUCUGAAGUAUUAGGAACAAUCAGAUCAUCAGCUGGUAUAUCAGAGACAACUGGACCAUCAACAAGUGGAUCUAGAAUGACAAGAGAACCAUUUUUUGUAGAAUCAGGAACAUCUGUACCAUCAAUAGGAUUUACAGGGAUGUCUGGUCCAGAGCCAACUGGAUCAUUCACUGGAAGAUCAGAAACAACAGCAACCUCUACUGUAAAUUCAGGUACUAGUGGUCUCUACAAUGGAGGAAUCCAGACAAAUGGGCUGUCAGCUGAAGAAGCAAGGACAACAGGACUGUUUCGAGGAGGGUCAGGAACAACUGGAAGAUUUUUUGUAGGUUCAGGGACAACUGUGCCAUCAUCUAGAGUGGAAAGCAUAACUGGACCAUUAUCUGGAAUGACAGGAAUAACUGGACCAUCAGCUGAGGAAUUAGUAACAACUAGUUCAUCAGCUGGUUUAUCAGAAACAACUGGAUUAUCAAUGGGUGGAUCUGGGAUGACAGCAGGACCAUCUGUUGUAGAGUCAGGAACAUCUGUAUCAUCAGUAGGAUUGGUAGGGACAUCUAGCCCGUCACAUGGGUUAGGAAUAACUGGGCCAUCAGCUGAAGGAGCAGGGACAACUGGAUCAUUUUCUGGAAGAUCAGAAACAACAUCAAUCUCUAUUAUAAGUUCAGGUACUAGUGGUCCCUACAUAGGAGGAAUCCAGACAACUGGAAAAUCUGUUGAAGAAGCUGGGACAACAGGACCAACAGCUGGAGGUUCAGGGACCACAGGACAAUUCCAUGAAGGAUCAGAAACAACAGGACAAUCUGUUUUGGUUUCAGGGACAACUAGACUGCCUGUUGUAGGUUCAGGGACAACUGAGGCAUCAUCUGGAGUGACAGGCAUAACUAGACCAUCAUCUGAAGUGCAAGGGACAAUUGGACCAUCAACUGGAGAAUUAGGAACAACUAGAUCAUCACCUGGUAUAUCUAGGACAACUGGACUAUCAUCUGGUGGGUUAGAGACAACUGGACUAUCUGCUGUAGGAUUAGGAACAUCUCUCCCGUCAAGAUUGACAGGGACACCUGGACCAUCAGCUGGUUUAGCAACAACUGGACCAUCAGCUAAAGGAUCAGGGACAACUGGAUCAUUUUCUGGAAGAUCAGAAACAACUGAAAUCUUUGUUGUAAGUUCAGCAACUAUGAGUACAUCCAUAGGAGGAACACAGACAACUGGACAAUCUGCUGAGGAAGCAGGGGCAACAGGUCUAGAAUCUGGAGGAUCAGGGACUACAGGACUAUUCCAUGGAGGAUCAGAAACUACAGGACAAUCUAUUUUAGGUUCAGGGACGACCUUACCAUCUUCUGAAAAAUUAAGGUCAACUAGACCUUUAUUGGUAAAGUCGGGCUCUACUGGAGUAUCUGCUACAGGAUCAGUCACAAGUGGACUGUCAUCCUGGGAAUCUGGGUCCACUGGAUCAUCAACUGAAGUAUUCAGAACAACUAGAUCUUCUGUUGGAAUAUCAAGGACAAGUCAACCAUCUACUGGAGGAUCAGGGACAACUGCACCAUCCGUUGUAGGAUUAGGAAUAUCUUCAUCAGCACCAGGAUUGACAGAAUCAACUGGACCACCAGUUUUAGGAUCAGGGACAACUGAAACAGCAGCUAGAGGAUCAGGGACCAUAGGACUAUCAGCUAGCAGAUCAAGGACAACUGGAUCAUUAGCUGGAGUAUCAGAAACAACCAAAACCUCAGUUGCAAUGUUAGAGACUACUGCAACAUCUAUAGUAGGAUCAUGGACAACUGAACAAUCAACUGAAGAAUCAAAGACAACUGUACAAUCAGCCCUAGGAUCAGAGACCUCAAGACCAUCUACUGGAUUGUCAGGAAUGACAGGAUCAUCAAGUUUUGGUUCAGGGACAACCCUGCCAUCAUCUGAAGAACCAAGGGUAACUAGACCAUCCGUUAUAGGUUCAGGCACAACUGAACCAUCACAUGGAGUGAUUGGGACAAGUGGAUCAUCAUCUGGAGAUAUAUCCAUCACUGGACCACCAUCUGAACUAUUAGGAACAACUAUAUCAUCAGUAGGUAUAUCAAAGACAACUGGACAAUCAAUGGGUGGAUUUGGGACAACUGGACCAUCUGUUGUAGAAUCAGGAACAUCUUUGCCAUCAGCAGGAUUUACAGGGACAUCUGGAACAUUACAUGAGUUAGGAACAAGUGGACCUUCAGCUGAAGGAUCAAGGACAACUGGAAUAUUUUCUGGAUUAUCAGAAACAACUGAAACCUCUGUUGUAAGGUCCAAGACUACUGGACCAUCCAUAGGAGAAUCACAGACAACUGGACAAUUAAUUGAAGAAGCAGGAACAACUGUACAAGGAUUUGGGGCAGCAGAGACCACUCAGCCAUCUGUUGGAGGAUCAGGAACAACAGGACCAUCUAUUUUAGGUUCAGGGACAACUCCACAAUCAUCUGAAGGAUUAGGGACAACUGUACCACCAGCUAUAGAACCAGGAACAACUGGGCCAUCGACCAAAGGAUCAGCCAAAACUGGAUCAUCAGGGUUACAGACCACUGAAUCAAUUGAAAUAUUAGGAUCAGCUAUAUCAUCAGUCAGUGAUUCAAGGACAAUUAGACCAUCAACUAAAGGAUCAGGGACAACUGUACGAUUACCUGAAAGAGCAGAGACAAUUGGACCACCUGUUGUGAAUUCAGGGAUAACUGGACCAUUUGUAGCGUCACAGAGGACUGGACCAUCAGCUGAAAGUUCAGUGACCACAGGAUCAUCAUCUGGAGGAUCAGGUACAACUGCCCCAUCUGUUAUAGGUUCAGAGACAACUGGACCAUCAGCUGGAGCACCAGGGACAACUGGAAUAUCAUCUAGAGGAGCAGGAGCAACUGGACUACUUGUUUUAGUUUCAGAUACAGCUAUCCCAGCAUCUGAAAGAUCCAGAACAACUGCAUCACCAGCUGGAGGAUCAGUGACAGCUGGACCAUCAAAUGGAGAAUCAAGGACAACUAGAUCAGCUAUUUUAGGUUUAGGGACAACUCAACCAUCAUCUGGAGCAUCAGGAACAACUGGACCAUCACAUGAAGUUUCAGGGACAACUGGACCAUCACCAGAAGGAUCAGGGACAAGUGGAUCAUCAACUGGGAUAACCACUGGGAUGUUAAGGAAUGAGGUUACCACAUCUGAAGGCAAGUCAAGUUCACUGAAAAUAGACCGUUUAUUAGUGUCAGUGGGAGCUACAACAGGUUCAGACAGGGGAAGCACAGCUGGAGCAUCAGGCUCUAUAACCACCACUGCUGGGAAACAAGCAGUCAAGCCUUAUCCAGGUACAACUGAAGAACCAUAUGGAGAAACCGAAUCAGGUGAAAGCAUAACCAGUUUAACCACACCUGGAAAAUCAGGUUUCACAGAAGCUGCCCCUAGCUCAACAAUUGCACCAGAAAGUUCCACUACUGGCUCAGAUAAGAGAAUUCCACCAGUAUUAAUUGUAGAGGUCACAACUUCCACAGAAAGUGUUGGCACCAGUGGAGGUGGAUUCAGAACAGGCACCACUAGGGUAGCCCCUGGCAUAACUGUCAUCCCUGGAAAUUCUAACACAGAGGCCACAACUUUCCUAGGAGAAAAUGAAACAACCAGAGUUGGAAUAGCCACAGGUACUACUGGUAUAGUCCCUGAGAAAACUGUGGAACCUGGAAAUUACAGCACAGGUACCACCAUGAUUUCACCUGGAGCUAGUAGAAGUUCACAGAGUUCCAAGCCAGGUCUUACAGAGGAAAUCUCUGGGAUAACUAUUAUAUCUGGAAGUUCCCACACAGGCACCGGUGCAGUACCGGGAGGCCAAGCAACUGGGAGUGUGACAGGCACCACUGGGGUAGCCCCUGGUACAACUGUUGCCCCUGGCAGUUCUAUUACAGAAGCCACAACUUCUGUGGGAGAAAGUGGAACACGAAUGAGGAUCAUCACAGGCACCUCUGGCACAACAGGUGGAUAUGUUCCUGGAAGUGAGACAGGUACCACUGGAGAAUUGUCUGGGACAACCAUUACAUCUGGAAGUUCUAACACAGAGGCCACAACUUCCACAGAAAUGACUGGAACUGGAGCCCAAACAGGUACCAGUGGAGUAGUCUCUGGCACAACUAUUAAAUCUGGAAGAUCCAGUGUUGGUACCAUUGGUGUGGCCUCGAGUACAACUGUUGCACCUGGAAGUUCCCAUACUGAAGCUACAACACCCCCUGGAGGCAGUGGAAGCACAGGAAUUGAAAUUAAUACAGGGGGAUCCAGUAGCCAAGUCCCUGGCAUUCAAACAGGUACUAUUGGAGUGACCCCAGAAAGUACCAUCUCACCCAGAAUUUCCAACACAGGAGCUACCACUGGUACAUCUGAGACACCAAGCCCUGGAAGUAAAACAGGCACUACAGGUGUAAUCACUGGCACAACAGCAUCUGGAAGUUCCAACACAGUUACCACUGGGAUAACCACAGGUACAACCAUCGCACUUGGGAGUUCCAACACAAAGGCUACAACUUCUACAGAAUUUGAAGCUACCACUGUAUUUGGAAUGGCCACUAAUACUACUUCAGAGUCAGCUGAAGUUUCCAGGGGUCCAGAAAAUUCUAGUCCUGGGGCUACAACUCUGGGACUAAGCCGUGACACCACUGUGCAUGUAAUUCAAACAGCUUCAGGAGUCACCAACCUAAUUCCAGGGAGCCAGUCUACUGGAAGAAAAAUAGAAACCACAACUUUUAAAGAAGGUGUUGGAACUAUGGAAGCAAGAAUUUCAUCAGGUACCACUGGGGUAGCCUCUGGCACAACAGUUAUUCCUGGAAGCUCCAAUACAGGUACUAGUGUGGCAUCAAGUAGAAUUACUGGUGUCCCAGAAAGUCCCACCCAAGGUACCUCCAGGGAAGCAUUUGAAACAACCACUGCUCCUGGAAAUUCUACCACAGGCUCCACCUCCAUGUCAACUAAAAUCACAACAAGACCCAAAGUAUCCUACCCAGAAACCACUCUAGUCACAACAAAAGACCAAGAAACUGAAAAUAAAACAGGAUGUCCAGCAUCACUUCCACCACCUCCAGUUUGUCAUGGUCCGCUGGGAGAAGAGAAAUCUCCUGGAGAUAUAUGGACUGCCAAUUGCCACAAAUGCACCUGUACUGAUGCAAAGGCUGUAGACUGUAAACCCAAGGAGUGCCCUUCUGCACCCACAUGCAAAACUGGAGAGAGGCUUGUAAAGUUCAAAGCUGAUGAUUCCUGCUGUGAAAUUGGAUACUGUGAACCAAGAACAUGCUUAUUUAACAAUACUGAGCAUAAGAUUGGUGCUUCAUUUGAUGACCCCAGCAAUCCAUGCAUCUCCUACUCCUGCCAUAGCACUGGUUUCAUCGCAGUGGUCCAGGACUGCCCAAAGCAGACCUGGUGUGCAGAAGAAGACAGAGUCUAUGAUUCAAACAAAUGUUGCUAUACAUGUAAUACUAAUUGUAGAUCUUCACUUGUGAAUGUGACUGUUAAGUACCGUGGUUGCCAGAAAAAACUUGAGAUGGCAAGAUGUGUAGGGGAAUGUAAGAACACUGUCAGGUACAAUUAUCAUAUCUUUCAGCUGGCAAAUUCAUGUCUUUGCUGCCAAGAAGAUAAGUACGAAUUCCGGGAAAUUUUUCUUGACUGUCCUAAUGGCAGUACAAUACCUUACAGAUAUAGGCACAUCACGGCAUGUUCUUGCUUAGAUAUGUGCAAACAGUCUACACUCCCAACAGUCAGUUAACACCAGUAUCACCUUUCCAAGUAUAACAGGCCAGGUAUUUAUUUUAUAAAUGCACAAAAAUCACUAAAAUAGAAUAACUAAACAUUUGUAUCUCACUCAAAGUGUGAAUUCUCAUUCUGAGGCAUUUUGUUCUCUUGUUGACUGGAUGUGAAAAAUAAAUACAA